AAACUGAGAUCGUCAAGGAGGUAUCGAGAUGAAUCCUACCUGAGACGGCUAAUUGUGACGCUCCCCCGAGCGUCACAGCUCCGCACAGUUAUAGACCAAAAUCCGGCUUCUACUCCGCAAUCUCCGACCACCUAUCUUUUACAAAGCGACCGCUUGGCUUCCGCCUAUUCUCUCCAAUAUUUUCUAUACCUGUACCUUCACUUGCUCCUGGACUGGGUUCCUGCCACGACCUUGACUUCUUUCCUUUCCACGUGCAUACCCUGUUAAACGCCUUAUACCUAGCCGUUCGCGCCGGCCGACGCACGCAAUCAUGGCCCGUAUUUUCAUCACCGGUUCGUCUGACGGCCUCGGCCUGCGCUCGGCGCAAGCCCUCGCGAAGCGCGGCCACGACGUCUACCUGCACGCGCGGAACGGGCAGCGCGCCGCCGACGCCCGCGCCGCCUGCCCGGCCGCCAAGGACGUUUUCGUCGCCGACCUGACGUCGAUCGAGGAGACCAAGGCGCUCGCCGCCCAGCUGAACCGCGCCGGGCCCUGGGACGCGGUCGUGCACAACGCGGGGAUCAUCAGCAGCGCCGCCCGGCUGCGCGGAAAGGAGGGCCUGCCCGCUCUCUUCGCCGUCAACACCGUCGCGCCGUACAUCGUCGCGUCGCUCGUCACCGAGCCGACGCCCCCGAAGCGCCACAUAUUCCUCAGCAGCAGCAUGCACCGCGGCGGCGACGCCUCUCUGCGCGACCUUCGCGGGAGCUCCUACAGCGACAGCAAGCUGCACAACAUCCUGCUGGCCUUCUGGUUCGCCCGCCGCCUCGCGCCCCAGGGCGUCCUGAGCAACGCCCUCGACCCGGGUUGGGUCCCGACCAAGAUGGGCGGCCGGAACGCGCCUGACGACAUAAAUGCCUCCAUCGACACGUACGUCCUGCUUGCCGAGGGCUCUGGCGCUGCCGAGAGUCAGACCGGGAAAUACUGGUACCAUUCUCGUCCGAGAGGCUCCGCCGCCUCCGGGGCGGACAGCGCGUACGCGGACGCGGCCGACGACGAGGCGAAACAAGACCAGCUGAUCACAGCUCUGGAGGAGAUUUCGGGCGUCAAGCCGCCCCAGUAGUUCCGUUGUCCGCCGACAGUUCGCUUUCUUUGCAUCCUACGUUCACUCGUCCAUAAAAUAUGUUAGAAAAGACGAAUCUAGUCAUUGUGUCCCUUCAGGGACACACGUGAUUUCUGAUUUCUCAUUACUUUUUAUAGAGACUGUACCGGCGCUAUUAUACCCUUAUACAUGCGCUAAGCACCUGGCAUCGGCAUCGGCACUAAUACCCUGUGCUUUAGCGAGGAGUGAAUAACGUUAAGUGUAACUGAGAGAGCCUUUUUAUGCCUCCUUUCGCCUUCUAGGGGGUAUAAAUAACUCUCUGCAAUAUCGCCCCUGACUCUAGCUGGUUAAUUCGACUGAGUCUCUAGUUGUACUUUUAUUAGUGUAUUAAAAAUGUAUAGUGCC